GCCCCGCCCGCAGAGAGGUGCUUUGCUCCACGAUUGCUCUUUAGCGUCGUGCUAGCAAACUUUCCUGGCGCCGGGCAUAUACGCAUGCGCCGUCCUUUGAAUGGUGUGCGUUCUGAUUCUAGCUGCCUCAGCAGGAGGGCUAGCGGUCUUGCUAAUAGUGCGACUAUGGGCCGUGCUUCGGUCCCAUCCUGUCACUCCCCGACAGUCUCUCGGACUCUUGAUAGUAGCUGGAUCCGGUGGACACACCACGGAGAUCCUGAGGCUGGUUGGAAGCUUGUCCGGCGCCUACUCCCCAAGGCAUUAUGUCAUUGCUGAGUCUGAUGAAAUGAGUGCCAAGAAAAUCCAUUCUCUUGAACUCGCUCGAGCCCAGAACGACUCCACUACUGAGCACACCUCGUACCACCUUCACCGAAUUCCGAGAAGCCGGGAGGUUCGGCAGUCCUGGCUCUCCUCCGUGUUCACUACCUCGUACUCCAUGUGGUUUUCCUUCCCACUGGUUCACCGAAUAAAGCCAGACUUGGUGCUGUGUAAUGGACCAGGAACAUGUGUUCCUAUCUGUGUGUCUGCCCUGCUCCUUGGGAUCCUCGGGAUAAAGAAAGUGAUCAUUGUCUACGUUGAGAGCAUCUGCCGAGUGGAGACUUUGUCCCUGUCUGGGAAGAUUCUGUGGCACCUCUCUGAUUACUUCAUUGUUCAGUGGCCUACUCUUAAGGAGAAGUACCCCAAGUCUGUGUACCUGGGGCGAAUUGUUUGACAAAUGGCAACCCUAAGUCUUGAGAGCGUCAUAAUUACUGAUAAUAUCUACUAAUCUAUCUCUAUUGUGAAACUUUUCAAAUGCCCAAAGAAUUAUCAAUGGUAAAGAAUUUAAAAUGUACAAAUGACUCAAUGAAGAAAGACAAACUUGAGCAUAUAACGCGCACCAAAUAGCUAUGUGGUAUCUGCACAAGUGUUUAACACUACUCGAAGGUUCUCUCUGGACUCUUACAGCCAUGGGUUUUCUUUCCCUUGACCUAAAUAUAGAGUGUGUAUGUUUAGAAACACUUCCUGUUUUACAGCUUUAAAUAAAACAAAAGUGUUCUACAUUAUAAAAAGAAAAGAACAGGAUAAGGCAGGUUGGGGGUAGCUGUCGUCAUCCUUUCCCACUCUCAGGAGGCGAGGGAGGAGGAUCAGGAGUUCUUGGUGUGAGGAACUGGGGACAGGAAAGUGAGGAAAGGGGGAGCUAAAGAACAAGGCAUCCCUCGGGUCCUGUUCCGAUGCGUCAGGCUUUCAUCCUUCUGGGGAAGCAUCUCAGAGAGCCAUCUCGGCAUACAGGAAGCAGUUUGUUAAACUGGUUUCAUGAGCAUUUAUACUCCACAGAUUUCUCUUGACUGUAAGCCAGUGACUUUAUUUAUUCUUCAGUCUGCUUCAUGUGUUGUGGGCCUGGAUCCAGACUGUAUUUUAAAAUCUGUUUGGUUAAAAUAUAAUAGCAGCGUCUUCAUAAUAAAAGCAUGAUUCUAUCGGUCAGGAAUCUAAAUUUUCAAACAUGAAGAAAACAUUAAUUUUUUUCCAA